ACCACAGGAACGUAUCAACGUCGUUCUUAAUAUGACAAUUCAGGUGGUUCCUCUAGGACCUUCAUGGAAGAAAUCCUGAAGGGGACAUUUGUUGACAGAAUUGUAUUUCCAAUUUGCCAUGUGUCUUUAUACGCUCCUGUCUAUGGUCGUCUGCUGUGACGCGGAUCAAAAUGGCGUCGAGUAAUGAAGUGCCGGUAGAAAUCAACCAGAGUGGCAUGUGCACAGCUGAAACUUCGACAUCAAAAAUGGAAUCUAUGGAAGUAUCAGAGACCACUACUCCUGCAUCGAACAAAGAUACCAUGCCAUCCUCCUGUAAAGAAUCUGUUUCUGUAGAAGACAUGACGUCUAGAGAUUACUAUUUUGAUUCAUACGCUCACUAUGGAAUACAUGAAGAAAUGCUAAAGGAUGAAGUGCGCACAGUGACUUAUCGAAAUUCCAUGUAUCAUAAUAAACAUCUUUUUAAGGGAAAAACCGUUCUUGAUAUUGGUUGUGGAACUGGUAUUCUUUCAAUGUUUGCUGCUAAAGCUGGAGCAGCAAGAGUUAUUGGUAUUGAGUGUUCUAAUAUUGUUGAAUAUGCAGAGAAGAUCGUAGAAGCAAAUCAGUUGUCAAAUGUAAUAACAAUACUUAAAGGAAAAGUUGAAGAGGUUUCAUUGCCCGAUGGCAUAGAAAAGGUUGAUAUAAUCAUCUCUGAAUGGAUGGGCUAUUGCUUGUUUUAUGAAUCAAUGUUAGAUACAGUGCUUUUCGCUAGAGACAAGUGGCUUCGUGAAGAUGGAAUGUUAUUCCCUGACAAAGCGACAUUAUUUAUUUGCGGCAUUGAAGACAGACAAUACAAGGAUGAAAAGAUUAACUGGUGGGACGAUGUGUAUGGAUUUGAUAUGAGUAGUAUAAGAAAAGUAGCAAUUAGCGAACCUCUAGUGGAUGUUGUAGAUCCGAAACAAGUUGUUACAAAUGCAUGUCUAAUCAAGGAAGUUGACUUAUAUACAGUAACAAAGGCUGAUUUGGAGUUUUCUUCCCCAUUUACUCUACAAGUUCGUAGGAACGAUUAUGUACAAGCACUAGUUACAUUCUUCAACAUCGAAUUCACCAAGUGCCACAAACGUAUUGGAUUCAGUACAGCACCAGAAGUACAAUACACACACUGGAAACAAACUGUGUUCUACUUCGAUGAAUAUAUGACCGUCAAGAAAGGAGAGGAAAUAUAUGGUGUCUUUUCAAUGAAGCCUAAUGCAAGGAACUACAGAGAUCUGGAUUUCAGCAUUGAACUAGACUUUAAAGGGGAACUGUGCCAAGUACAUGAAACUAAUACUUAUCGUAUGCGCUGAUACCUAUAAGAUGGUUCAUCUUCCUUUUAUUUUCAUGGAUCAUAAAACUGUGUAAUCAAAUAGAAGAUCAGGACAUUGAUUAUUAUUGACUUAGAUGAUUUAA